AUGCAGGCAGAAGUUCCGACUCAGAGACACUCCCCUCCUAGCCCGGGGACCACAAGGAGACCGAAAGGAAUACUGAAGAAUUCCUAUCACCGUUCUCCAACCCGCCAAGCCGCCGUCAGCAUCUCACCUCCCGCGGUGUCUCCAGUCGCUGCGCAACGUCCUGAUGCCAACCGCGAGCUCUCAGACCAAGACAUAACCCUCCAAAACACCCUCCAAAAUGCCGGCCACCGUCGGUCCUCUUCUGCCGCCCGGCCAACUUCAACAUCACGCAGGCAGUCCAGUCAAUCGUCUGUGUCUCGUGAUGGCGAUGACAGUAACAUGCGGCUGACGUGGGACGAGGCCAACCUGUAUCUCACAGAACAAGAGAAGAGUGCCACCAUGAAGAUUGAUGAGCCUAAGACCCCGUACGCAAGGCACUACGACCCCGCAGAAGAUGAAGACGAGAUACGGCAACUAGAUGCGCAGGAUAUCAUUGUGGACGAGCUAGAUAGGAAGAGCCCUGGCAAGAGCGUGCGCGCUCGAGAGGAGGAGAUUCCCGGCUUAAGCCUCGGUGAGCCUGAGGAGGCCAUCCCCGAAUCCGAACUCGAUGAGUCCGAGCGGCAGAGACGCAAGGAGAAAGCUGUUCAUGUUGCCGGCGAGGAGCAUGUGGGGCUAAGCUCCGAGGAGAUGGAGAAACAUCGCAAGUUCGAAGAGAUGCGCAAGAAGCAUUAUGAGAUGAAGAACGUGGCCAAUCUCUUGGGCCACCCGGAGGCACUUCCAGUGGAUGAUGACGGGGAUGAGGAUAUGAAUGGAACCGCACGAUAG